AUGGCCACAUCGGCCAAGUCGACGGAACCGUUGUCGGACGAUGUCCGUCUGCCCAAGGAGCAGCCACCGUCGGCGUUCUUUGAGUCGCAAACAUUUCGUCUGCUCUCGCUCUUCAUCUAUGUGGGCGGCAUCAGUGGCCUGGGCAUGGUUUUGGCCUUCUACUAUCUCAUCUUUUUCGAUUCACGCAUGCCGGACAUUCAUCUCAAGUUCCCCGUCUCAAUUGGCGGUCAUCCGGUGCAAAAGGUGCACGAGUACCAAUGAAGUGCAGCUGAAUCAGUGAACCAGAUAAGAUUGUGAUACCCGAAAAAAUAGCCAUACGCCUACUCAACUCAUCGGAAGUCACCGCGGAGCAGUUCUACAGGCACAUCCUCGAU